AUUGCUUAAAACAAAAAAAAUUUGGGAGUUGCUUUAUUUAUUCACCAUUACGCUAACUCUUUAACUAAAAUUCAAAAUGCGUAGAAGGACCGAAGGCCAAGAACUAUCCGAGGAAAUGUCUAAAGCGGAUGAAAAGGAUGUGGAUCAGGCACAGCCCAUUCAACCUAAAGUGAAAAGCAGCUUCAGAUACGGGUCCAUGCUCAUGAACUUCGGGAAGUUUUUGCUUCUCGCUAUCAUCGUUCCUCCGUUCCUCAACUACGCAUCGCUGCAGAAAGAAGGACAGUUGCUACUUCCCAAAGAUGGCCAGAUUGUCGAUAUUGGUUUGGGCCAGAAAAUGCACCUAUUGUGUAAAGGAAAAGGAAGUCCAGCUGUCAUAUUGGAUGCCCCAACUGGAAUGUCCUCAGAUAUUUGGCAUUAUGUUCAAGAGAGCAUUUCUUCACUGACAAGGGUGUGCACCUAUGAUAGAAUGGGAUUGGGGUUCAGCAGGCGGGUGAUGCAGAACAAGACCACAGGAGCUGAGAAAGUUUGGGGAAUGUCAACAAGCGGACGGAUGGUGGAUGAUCUCCAUCGACUCCUCGGGGCGGCUGAGAUAGUUAUGCCUUUCAUCCUGGUGGGCUCUGAACUGGGCACACUCAACGCCAGGUUCUACACCCACAUCUAUGAUGUGCAAGUGUCUGACCUGCUGCUGAUUGAUCCCAUCCCAGAGGAGGUCUUUGAGGAGGACCAGUGGAAAGAGUACUGGUACGGUAAGCUGGUGCCCUCACUCCAAGCCAGGCAGUUCUCAGCAGCUACAGGGUUGAGCCGUAUGCUGAUCAUUCUGGGUAUGAUUGAGCCAACCAUCAAAGGAGGAAAUGUCUCAGAGGAGGUCAUGCAGCGCCAGAAAUAUUUGCUAAGUAACCCUGCCCACCAAAGCAGCGCUGUGGACGAGCAUUAUUUUAUAAACGAAAGUGCAUCUCAAGUAAGGGAUAUCAUGCAGUUCAAGCCGCUCGCCAGCAGGACAUCUGUCAGCGUCAUCACCGGCGAAUCCUUCGACCGGCAGAUCGCGGACAAUUUAAACGAGAUGGUAGCAAAGCUUCAAAAGAAGUUCCUGGAUGAGUCAUAUCCGUCAGCGAGUCACAUUCAGAUAAAAGGAGCAGACCGGCGGAUGAUCUACAAGAAGCCAUCUGCCAUCAUUCAGCACCUGCGGAAACUAGUCAACCAGCGACGGUCCAAACCACAGAAAGAGUGACCUGUGGCCAGAAUGUCUCUUUCCUAAACCUAAACCCAAUUUGGGAAAUUGUCAAAGUAUCUGGAGAGCUUAAU